AUGUGGACCCUUACCUAUCAAAGCACCUCAGACAUGCAGGAGGAAGAAAGAUACACCUCUCUUCAGUGGGAUAAUCCAACACCAAACCCUUACCAGAAACAUCUGUCUUCCACCAAAAAUUCAGGAACAUGGUGUCUUGUGACGGUGGUUUUAUGUAUCUUCUGCAUAGGCUCAUUAGCAACCUCCAUUUUCUUGGGUGUCAAGUUGUUCCAGGUGUCCACUACUGCAAGGAAGCAGCAACAAAAACUCAUCCAACAGGACAGAGCACUGCUCAAUUUCACACAGUGGAAGAGAAACCAUGGCCUGCAGAUGAAAUAUUGCCAAAUGUUGAUGCAGAAGUCUUUCAGUUCAGCCCAUAACUGCAGUCCUUGUCCAGACAACUGGAUUCGCAAUGGAGAAAGUUGUUACCGUGUCUUUGAAAGCUGGACAGUUUGGCGCACCAGUAGAGAGGAUUGUUUGAAGGAGGGAUCUAAGCUUCUACAAAUAGACAGCAAAGAAGAAAUGGACUUUAUCACUGGCAGCCUGAGGAAGAUCAAAAGAAACUAUGAUUACUGGGUGGGACUGUCUCAGGAUGGGUCCAGCCAACCUUGGCUUUGGCAAGACGGCUCCUCUCCUUCCCCUGAUCUGUCACCAAUACAGGGACCCCAAUCAACUAACCAGGUCUGUGGAUACCUCAGAAACAACAGCCUUUCUUCCGCUGACUGCAGCACUUGGAAAUAUUUCAUCUGUGAGAAAUACGCGUUAAGAUCUUCUACCUGA